UGCCUGCCACCACGCCCAGCUAAUUUUUGUAAUUUUAGUAGAGAUGGGGUUUCACCAUGUUGGCCAGGAUGGUCUCGAUCUCUUGACCUUGUGAUCCGCCCGCCUCAGCCUCCCAAAGUGCUAGGAUUAUAGGCGUGAGCCACCGCACCUGGCCUAUCCUAAAUUCUUUUAGCCUUUUUUUUUUUUUGAUAGAGACAGGGUUUCACUGUGCUGUCCAGGCUGAUCUUGAGCUCCUGAGCUCAAGUGAUCUGCCUGUCUCAGCCUCCCAAAGUGUUGGAACUACAGGCAUGAGCCACCACACCUGGCUAAUAUCCUAAAUUAUAAGGAAAUAAUCUCCUUGCUUUUCUUCAUAGUUGUAUUUUUAAAAUUAAUUUAAUUUUUUUUUUUUUUAAGAGACAGGGUCUUCGCUCUGUCACCCAGGCUGGUCUUGAACUCCUGGCCUCAAGCAAUCUUCCCACCUUGGCCUCCCAAAGUGCUGAUAUUAUAGCUGAAUAAGAAAUAAUAAAAUUUCAGACUCCGUGGUCUUUGAGGAAGUGGCCGUGAACUUCACCCCAGAAGAGUGGGCGUUGCUGGAUCAUGCUCAGAGGAGCCUCUACAGAGAUGUGAUGCUGGAGAUCUGCAGGAACCUGGCCUCCUUGGAUUGUUGCAUUUAUGUUAGAACCAGUGGAUCAAGUUCUCAGAGGGACGUUUUUGGGAAUGGAAUAUCCGAUGAUGAAGAAAUUGUAAAGUUCACAAGAAGUGAUUCCUGGUCUAUUUUUGGAAAAAAUUGGAGAUUUGAUAACAUUGGAGAUCAGCACCAAAUGCCAGAAAGGCAUUUGAGAAGUCAAUUGGGGAGCCUCUGUGAAAGUAAUGAAGGUCAUCAGUGCGGAGAGACCUUGAGCCAGACUGCGAACCUUCUUGUGCACAAGAGUUACCCUACCGAAGCUAAACCUUCUGAGUUCACUAAGUGUGGCAAAGCCUUCGAGAAUCGGCAGAGAUCUCACACCGGACAGAGACUGUAUAAGGAAUGUGGGGAAGCCUGCAGCUGCCUCUCCUGCCAAAGCCCUCCUAUGAAAAUGCAGACUGUAGAGAAACCCUGUAAUUGCCAGGACUCAGGGAGAGCAUCUGCAACAUACGUGAAAAGUCUCAGCAGUAAAAAGUCUUAUGAAUGUAAAAAAUGUGGAAAAGCUUUCACUCGUCCCUCAUCUUUCAGGGGACAUGUGAAUAGUCACCAUGGGCAGAAAACCCAUGCAUGUAAAGUAUGUGGGAAGACCUUUAUGUAUUACUCCUACCUUACACGGCACGUAAGAACUCACACAGGAGAGAAACCCUAUGAAUGUAAGCAUUGUGGAAAAUCAUUCAGCUGUCCCUCAUACUUUCGAGAACAUGUCAGAACACACACUGGAGAGAAACCGUAUGAAUGUAAGCAUUGUGGAAAAUCAUUCAGCUGUUACUCCUCCUUUAGGGAUCACGUGAGGACGCAUACUGGAGAGAAACCCUGUCAGUGUAAACAUUGCGGAAAAGCAUUCACUUGUUACUCGUCUCUUCGAGAACACGGGAGAACGCACAGUGGGGAGAAACCCUAUGAGUGUAAGGAAUGCGGCAAAGCCUUCAGGUACCCCUCCUCUCUGCGAGCACACGUGAGAAUGCACACCGGAGAGAAGCCCUAUGUGUGCAAGCAGUGUGGGAAGGCCUUCGGAUGUCCCACUUACUUUAGAAGACAUGUGAAAACACACAGCGGGGUGAAGCCCUAUGAAUGUAAGGAGUGUGGGAAAGCCUACAGUUUUUCCUCCUCCCUUCGAAUCCACAUGAGGACGCAUACUGGAGAGAAGCCCUUUGAGUGUAAGCAUUGUGGGAAAGCCUUCAGCUGUCACUCCUCCCUUCGAGAGCACGUGCGAACCCACAGCGGAGAGAAACCAUACGAAUGUAAUCAAUGUGGGAAAGCCUUCAGCCACGCUCAGUACUUUCAAAAGCACGUGAGAUCACACAGUGGGGUCAAACCCUAUGAAUGUACUGAAUGUGGGAAAGCCUACAGUUGUUCCUCUUCCCUUCGCGUGCACGUGAGAACGCACACUGGAGAGAGACCGUAUGAAUGCCAGCAGUGUGGGAAAACCUUCAGGUAUCUCGUGUCACUUCAAGCCCAUGUGAGAACACAUGCUGGAGCGUGAAUCUAUGAAUACGGUGGACCUGGGAGAGUGUUCAACUGCAAAACCUUGUUGUAAAUGUGAGAAAACACUGGUGAGAGACCUUAUUUAUGUAGAGCAUGUAGGAAAACCUGGUAUAGCCCUUAUUUUGUACCUAAAAACUCAAGAGUAGGAGAGAAAUCUCUUAAUUAUGAUUAAUAUGGUAUUGCCUUUACAUGCCUCAGCCUUAAUAGUGAUUCCUUGUGUAUUAAUUUCUAGUGUAUGUUUGUGAUGUAAACAUUUAAUAAAUAUCCUGUUUUGUAUGCUUUCAGCUA